CUGCCCGCUCCUCAGCGCCCGGAGCUGGCUUCCCUGUGCGUUCAGCCGGCUUGGGAUGAAGCCCUCCGCAGGGGGUGCCGCUAAGUGAAGCCCACUGGUCUCCUGGGGCUUCUUCGCCCUCUGCCCGCCGUCGUCCUCUCUCCGCUGGCUCCGAUGGGGCUGGAAGUGCCGCCCCUCGCCGCCCCCCAGACCAUGCUCUUCAAGCUGAGGAAAGUUCGCAAGCGGCGAGAGAUGCUGCUGCCGCAGCUGGGCUUCAUCUGCGCCAUCCUCUUCUUCGUGUGGUGCAUGUCCAGCCUGCUCUCCAAACUAGGACAAGAAUCCACUAUUACAGACAAAAAUGUUUUGUCAGAAAUAUGGAGGAAUAGAAGAUUGAUGGCCUCACAUAAUGUGACACAUGAAGAAAAGAACUGUACAGAGCCAGCAAUUAAUGAAUUUCCUGAAGAUGUAUUUACAAAUAAGGAUCGGCAGGAGGGAGCAGUGCUGUUUCAUAUUAUUGGUGCUCUUUAUAUGUUCUAUGCCUUGGCUAUAGUAUGCGAUGACUUCUUUGUUCCCUCGUUAGAGAAAAUUUGUGAGAAAUUACACUUGAGUGAAGAUGUUGCUGGAGCCACUUUCAUGGCUGCAGGAAGCUCGACCCCAGAGUUAUUUGCAUCUGUAAUAGGUGUAUUUAUCACUCAUGGUGAUGUAGGAGUUGGGACUAUUGUUGGGUCAGCAGUUUUCAACAUCCUUUGCAUUAUUGGCGUCUGUGGGAUAUUUGCGGGACAGGUGGUUCGUCUCACCUGGUGGUCUGUGUUUAGGGACUCAGUGUACUACACACUUUCUGUGAUCCUUCUUAUCAUUUUCAUAUAUGAUGAGCAAAUAGUAUGGUGGGAGAGCCUUAUACUCAUCGUUAUGUAUUUCUUCUACAUACUUAUCAUGAAGUACAAUGUGAAGAUGCAAAAGUUGUUUACCAUCAAAAGCAUGAACGUUGGGAAUGGCAACACAGUCAGCAAUGAGCUGGAAGAUGGUAAUGAAUGUUAUGACAUAAGCUAUGAUGACCCAUCCAUGCCAUUGCUAUGGAAAGUGAAGGGAAAGCAGCAAUAUGGCAAAAACCCGGUGGUGAUGGUGGAUGAGAUCAUCUGCUCCAGUCCCCCGAAAUUCCGCUUCCCUGAAGCUGGCUUACGAAUAAUGAUUACAAAUAAAUUUGGACCCAGAACCAGACUGCGGAUGGCAAGCAGGCUUAUUAUUAACGAGCGUCAGCGACUGAUCCACUCUGCCAAUGGCACAAGCAAAACGCUUCACAAUGGGAAACAUGAAAAUAUUGAAAACGGGAACAUCAUUGUGGAAAAUCAAGAGGAGGAGAAUGAGCAUGAAAACGCGUCUCCCUUUUCAGCACCAGAUGGAAAAAUGAACAAAGUCAAAUGGAUUUUCACGUGGCCAUUGCUAUUCCUGCUCUUUUGUACCAUUCCAAACUGCAGCAAACCCCGCUGGGAGAACUUUUUUAUGCUGACAUUCAUUUUAUCCACUUUGUGGAUUGCUUUGUUCUCCUAUUUUAUGGUGUGGAUGGUUACUAUAAUUGGAUACACUCUGGGGAUCCCUGAUGUUAUCAUGGGCAUUACUUUCCUAGCUGCAGGAACGAGUGUACCAGACUGCAUGGCCAGCUUAAUAGUAGCAAGACAAGGUCUUGGUGAUAUGGCAGUAUCCAAUACAAUAGGGAGCAAUGUAUUUGACAUUUUAGUAGGCCUUGGAGUACCAUGGGGCAUGCAAACUAUGUUGAUUGAUUAUGGAUCAGUGGUUAAGAUAAAUAGCAAGGGACUGGUCUAUUCGGUUGUGCUUCUGCUGGGGUCUGUAGCUCUUACUGUGGGUGGAAUCCAUGUAAAUAAAUGGAAACUUGACAAGAAACUAGGCUUCUACGUGCUGUUUCUUUAUGCCAUUUUCCUGUGUUUCUCUGUAUUAAUAGAGUUUAAUGUCUUCACCUUUGUCAACUUUCCAAUGUGCCGAGAAGAUCUUUAAAACAAGCCACAACCAUGAGAGGGGCUGACAUACUCUUGAUUCCUUGUGCUAUAAAUGAUAGGAGACAUUUUACAUUUCUACCUUCUCAUCAGUCAUCUGAUUUUCUUUCCUGCUUUGUCAUCCAACAAGCACUUUUACUUACCUGGAAGGAAAACAAACCUUUCUUUUAACAUGCUAGCUCAAGGCAACCAAAGCAUUUUCCUCUUUGGGUAUUGCUGCUCAGCCAUCCAACUUGUGGAUCUCAUGCAGAGCACUCAAAAGUCCGAUUUUCGUGGUGUUCUGCUGUGGUUUUCAUUCUCCUUAUGCAGACAGUAAUGCACCACAGUCAAUCGGAACAAGACUAGAAAAAACUCUCCUCUCUCUUUUUUUGACAUUUACUGUCCAUGGAAGAAGAAGAGGCUGGCUCAGAACUUUUCUUGACUCCAUUAAAGCAUCGGAGCUACAGGACCAGAAAGUCCGAUGCACAUAACAUGGCAUGCACUGUUGUGGACAUAUGUUUUUCCCCUUCAAGUGCUCUGUUUAUAGAGGAACUGCAUUGACAUUUAUAAGCCUUUGUUGGUGAUUUCUGAAUAUUUAAUCACUCUCUUUUUUUAAAAAAAUGUGAAGAACACAUGAACAAUUUUACAGAGAAAGAAGAGAAAAUGGUUAAUAUCGUAUCACUUUUGAUGAUGCACAGUAAGAGUAAUAGAAUGUGAAAUCUUCAAAAGAGAAAUAUGUGCAAAAUAUUCAUACUUGAAAAAUGUGUUUUACCAUCAACAAGGAAUAUUGUACAAAUAUAAACUAACAUUUGUGGAAUAUUAAAGCCUGUAAGUAACAUUUUGCAUUGGUACUAGUAAGCCCACUUGUAAUUUUACAAGAAACUAAAAGAUUAAUGCCAGUGGGGCGCUCAGUUUCUAGUGGCAAUUGUUAUCUGAAAAAUAGACCAUGAACACAUUCCAGACCUUCUUGCAAUAUGAUGCAUCAGGGAUUUGGGGGGGAAUUUAUUUCAUUAUUAGUAUAUUAAUCUAGAAGCUGCUGCAUCUUCUCCAUUUUGUUUUGUUUUUGUUUGUAACCACAAACUUAAUAGAGAUGGGUACCCAACACUAAGUAGUGUAGAUAAUAAACAACUCUAACAAGAUCAAGUCUGUCAUGGGAACUAUCUCCUUGAUCAGAUUGUAUGCAGGAAGUUUUAAAGCAUGUCUUAUUUUAGAGCCAAAUUAUUUUAAACGCACAGAACCAGAUUUUGAUUUUCUUUGCACCUGUAUAAAUCUAAAUUAAAACAGUAACUCUGAAUUUUCCUGGGCAUAACUGAGAACAGAAUCUG